CUUCACCCGGGCUCCGCUCUUGCCUUCUCCACACUUGUUUGAGGCACUUAGUGGAGGAGAUAAAUCAAAGCUCUGCCUAAUCAAGGCUUUCUUUCAGCCUUGAUGGAAAACACUUCUUUGAGAUUAAAAACGCCUGACACAUAGGAUGUGAUGAUUUAUGAGGAAUCCAAGAUGAAUUUGGAGCAGGAGAGGCCGUUUGUCUGCAGUGCCCCAGGCUGCUCCCAGCGCUUCCCAACAGAGGACCAUCUGAUGAUUCAUAGGCACAAACAUGAAAUGACUUUGAAGUUUCCUUCAAUAAAAACAGACAAUAUGUUAUCAGAUCAAACUCCGACCCCAACGAGAUUCCUGAAGAACUGCGAGGAGGUGGGCCUCUUCAGCGAGCUGGACUGCUCCCUGGAGCACGAGUUCAGGAAGGCUCAGGAGGAGGAGAGCAGCAAGCGGAAUAUCUCGAUGCAUAAUGCAGUUGGUGGGGCCAUGACGGGGCCCGGAACUCACCAGCUUAGCAGCGCUCGGCUGCCCAACCACGACACCAGCGUUGUGAUUCAGCAAGCCAUGCCGUCGCCCCAGUCCAGCUCUGUCAUCACUCAGGCACCUUCCACCAACCGCCAGAUCGGGCCUGUCCCAGGCUCUCUAUCUUCUCUGCUACAUCUCCACAACAGACAGAGACAGCCCAUGCCAGCCUCCAUGCCUGGGACCCUGCCCAACCCUACAAUGCCAGGAUCUUCCGCCGUCUUGAUGCCAAUGGAGCGACAAAUGUCAGUGAACUCCAGCAUCAUGGGGAUGCAAGGUCCAAAUCUCAGCAACCCCUGUGCUUCUCCCCAGGUCCAGCCAAUGCAUUCAGAAGCCAAAAUGAGGUUGAAGGCUGCAUUGACUCACCACCCUGCUGCCAUGUCCAAUGGGAACAUGAACACCAUGGGACACAUGAUGGAGAUGAUGGGCUCCCGGCAGGACCAGACGCCACACCAUCACAUGCACUCGCACCCGCAUCAGCACCAGACACUGCCACCCCAUCACCCUUACCCACACCAGCACCAGCACCCAGCACACCAUCCUCACCCUCAACCCCAUCACCAGCAGAACCAUCCACAUCACCACUCCCAUUCCCACCUUCAUGCACACCCAGCACAUCACCAGACCUCGCCACAUCCGCCCCUGCACACCGGCAACCAAGCACAGGUUUCACCAGCAACACAACAGAUGCAGCCAACCCAGACAAUACAGCCACCCCAGCCCACAGGGGGGCGCCGGCGAAGGGUGGUAGACGAGGAUCCGGACGAGAGGCGGCGGAAAUUUCUGGAACGGAACCGGGCAGCUGCCACCCGCUGCAGACAGAAGAGGAAGGUCUGGGUGAUGUCAUUGGAAAAGAAAGCAGAAGAACUCACCCAGACAAACAUGCAGCUUCAGAAUGAAGUAUCUAUGUUGAAAAAUGAGGUGGCCCAGCUGAAACAGUUGUUGUUAACACAUAAAGACUGCCCAAUAACAGCCAUGCAGAAAGAAUCACAAGGAUAUCUAAAUUGAGCAACACAGAUUCUCCCACCACAUGUGAGUAUUUUUCCACAUUUGAUAUAUGGAUGGCUAUUUAAAAAGACAAGAUGGGGAAGUUCACAUAUCCAUGACUGAAACACAUCAAAUCCUUUUACUGAUACAGAAAGCAUGGCUUUGCUCGUAGAUAUAAACUGGAAAGGCAUAGCAUUGUGACAACAGUUGAAAAUAAAGUUUUGAAAUUAACUUUCAGAAGAAAAUGUGUGAAACUUCUAUUUCAAGUAAAUAUCUAGUACCGUUUCUCUGAGGAGUCCACAAGUCCAUACAAAAAAGACCUAUAUUGGUGUGUGUGUAUGUGUGUGUGUUGUCUUUUUUUUUCUCCCUAGGUCCAGAGAGUAGCCCUCCUGCUAGUCCUGUCCCAGCUUGCUCCCAGCAACAAGUCAUCCAGCAUAAUACCAUCACUACUUCCUCAUCGGUCAGCGAGGUGGUAGGAAGCUCCACCCUCAGCCAGCUCACCACUCACAGAACAGACCUGAAUCCGAUUCUUUAAAAUGCACCAUCAGACCUGGCCUCCAAGAAGAGCUGUAGCGUACCAUGCGUCCUUUCUUUUAAGGGCAUUUUUAGAAUUAACUCAGACCUGGAAGACUCCUCAGUUCUUCAAAGACUGGCUUUCAUUUUUAUAGUUAUUAUGGAAAUGUUGUCUUUUAUACUUAGUUAUAUAAGAAAAAAGGGAGUUAUGCAAUUAAUAUCUAUCAGCUUGGGAAACGCUUUGGUGCUUUUCUCCAAUUUUCUGGUACCAGUUACUUGUUUAUAAACUGAACCUUUUCUGUAUAUAGCCAUGGUUUCAUUCUUAUCAGUCCAACCCUUUGCCUGAAGCAUUGAAUCUUGUUAAACCACAGCUUUUAGCCGAAAUGAGGUAUACCUAGAUGUCAAGUAAGACAGAUCCAAGGUAACUGGGUAGGAAAUCUUCUGACAUCUUAACUCAUGUUGAGUUUGUGCUGUGGUGUCACCAGAAUUCCAGACAAACACACAGCCUUUCCCAUACCUUUUUUUGUCUUACUAUAAAAUAUAAGAUCCAUUGAUGUCCAAAUAAUACCACCGAGCAUCUCUUCACCUCUCCUCCUCUUGGUCCACUUGCUAAUGCCCAGUUUUCUUCUCCAUUUCCACUUUUUCUUAGGCUCCCUAUUUACUAUUCAUUUUGACUUCCUUCUGUUUUAUUUUUUUCCCUUUAGCAUUGCAUGUGAAUAAGAAAAUAAUGUUUAAAGAAAAAAAAAAAAAGCAAACCUCCAAAACGUGGACCUAACCAUUGCUUCACUUACACUUCACCCACAGCUGGAGUUCAUUCAACUCUUGCUUUUCACAAAAUAGUAACCAGGAGAUGUUUAAUGUGCCUGAUUUAAUGUUUUUAAUAAUCAGAGCAAAUGAAAGGUGGUUUAGUUAUAAGUGAAGCACGGUUGAAUACCAGCUGGGGAGACACUAGGGAAGGGAGCUUUGUAAGCCUUGAUUGCGAAAGUCCAAAUUUUGAUGUGGGGCUAUAACAUGACACCCUUGGAUUGCAACUGGUUUUAUACGGCCUGUCUAUAACGUUGAAAAUCCAUGUACUACAUAAUAAUUCAGAAGGGCUCUAUUCACUACACAGAUUACAUUGUUCAAUCAUCAGCUGCUAAUAGCCUAAGAUUUUUUUUUUUUUUUUCUUAAGCCUAUGGAACUGGCUUUGCUGUUCUGGGGGUUGAAAAUAGACUGACUACUGGAGAAACAGAGAGAGAAAGAAAACCCAGUGUUUCCACAGGGGCACUUUUAGCCUUCCCACAACAGUUAAGCACUCUUUGACUGCUGAAGGAACCCCAUGGAUGAGGCGCAGGCUACUUCACUCUUUUUUUUUCUUUUUUGAGACAGAGUCUCACCUAUUGCCCAGACUGAAGUGCAGUGGUGCCAUCAUGGAUCACUGCAGCAUCAUCCUCCGAGUUCAAGCUAUCCUUCCACCUCCGCCUCCUGAGUAGCUGGCACCACAGGUUCACAUAACCAUGCCUGGCUAAUAUAUUUUUACUUUUAUUUUAAAAUAAAAGAUGAGGUUUCUCUUAUGUUGCCCAGGCUGGUCUCAAACUAUCCUACUUCUUCCUCCUAAAGUGUUGGGAUUAUAGGUGUGAGCCACUGCACCCAGCCUACUUCACUCUUCUGAAUUAUUCUGAUUUAUUUUCAACAACUUUUGUGAACUUGCCCAUGAUACAAAGCAGAUAGUCCCUGAACCACAGUCGUGCCUCCUUGAAACAAGCCAUUCUACUGUGCUAAUGUUUUAAUAUCACAUCUCACAAAUAACAGGGGUGAAUGUUUCUCUCUAGCAAUCUAGGCAGGUGCUGGUGUUUCAUCUCCAUUUGAAUGCUUGACCUCUUAAUGUGUGUGUGUGUGUGUGUGUGUGUGUGUGUUCAUGGGUUUUAAAAGAACAGUAUUUUACAAAAGGUGUAGCUUUUAUAAGAGUUCAGAAAAGGGAAGGAUGUGUUUUUUUCUCUCACUAUAGUAUAAGAAUCUAUUUUGGAGAAAAAAAGAAAAUAUGAGGGUCUCGAAGCAUGAUUUUUAUAUAACUAGUUUCAGUUUUAUCUAAUAACUUACUUUUUAAAUCAAUAUUUAUCAACAAUCUUUCCGUGUAUGCAGUGCUUUCAAAAGAUGGUUUUGAGUGUCCAGUGAAACUUAUGACUUGGAUAUAUGGUUGAAGAAUCAAAACAAAAGCAAAAAAAAAAAAAGCAAAAAAAGAAAAGAGAAAAAAAGAAAAAAUGCAAAUGGAAUAAUUUUCUAUUAUAUUUUAGACAAACAUAUCAUUUUCAAGUAUUUUAAAUACUGAAUUCAUAGUUGUUGUUUUUUAAAUUCCAACAGUAACAGCUGAAUGGUUUAAUCUGACUGACUUCCUAAGAAAUGUUUAAGACUCAGCUUUAAAAAGAAGUUAACAUUCAUAUCUCUGUUUUGAAAUCAAAAAUCAUAUUUCAAAAUUCUUUCCUAGGACCAUCUAUCUGUCUCCCCUCCCCCCUACAAAAAGGAGAAAGAGUGCAUUAAAAUGUUUAGUUGGGUUUUUUAAUUUUUAAUUUUUAUGUUAUGUUUUGCUUUAAGUAAACAAAAAUUUUUCUUUCUUUACUGCAUGCAUAGCACUUAAUAAAAUGGAUUUUUAAAAAAUCCACUAGUAAUAUCAGAAUGUCCAGGGAGUGACUGUCACUACAAUGAUGGUUUAGUUUACUUCUGUUCCACCUUUUGAUUGAAAUAUUUAGUUGUUAGGCUGAAAGCCUCAGCAGUUAAGAACUUGCCUGAGUUUUCUUCGUUCAGCAACUUGACAGUUUGACUGAUGUGCAUUAUAUAUAGCUCAAUUAUGUCUGUUUUUUAUGCUAAGUAGGAAAACCAACCACACACAUUAGCAAACCGGCCUCAACAUAUAAUUAGAAUAAACUGUCUUCUUGUUCUACUCAGGGCCUUUAGGUGUGUUCCUUCACAGUAUGGAAAUACAGUAAAUGAAAGAUUCCAACUAGUUGUCAGUGCUUCUUGAAAUUCCAAACAGAAAGAUACAUUGGUCAAAUCCAACACUUGGCUUAUCAAUAUUAAGUCUUUUACCUAAAGGCCCAGCCGUCACCAGACAACAGAAUAAUCAAUCUGCCUGAAAAUCCCUCCUCCUUGUCCUACACUUUUUGCCUGUUUGGGAGAAUAUCUUUGUACUCCAUUCUCCUCCCUCAGCCAGUUACUGGGUCACCCAUCCAUGUGUUCAUGAAUCAAUCAUCAUGGCCUGCAGAGCACCUGUCCUAAGGAGGGAAAAUCCUGUCACACUGCCUCUCCCCAUUCGUGUGUGGUUUUCUUGAUCGGCGAGAUCUGUCUCUGAAGUCACUGCCAGCCUCCCUGGGAACGUCUAUAGUGCCUCCCCUGCCUUAUGUGAUGGGAGUUAACAACUCAGAUAAGUACACCUGAGAGCAUUUCUAUCAGGUAAACUGUCACUUAAAUGGAGGUGUCCACAUCUUAAUUGUUUCUCCUUGACACAUUUCUCAAUCCACGAAGCCAGGAGAGGUAGAGUGAAAAUCCCAGCCAUGGAUGAAUGUACUAAUUUGAAAGCCAAGUGUUAAGUUGGAUGUUUUCCCGUUACACUACUACUCAGCCCUCUCCUGCGGCCACAUCAACGGAUGCAAGUCACAGUCUUAACACAGCCUGUGGGAGACAAGCAGUUUGUGUGCUCACAGUAUAUAUUAUAGUAAUUAGGGUGACUUAGAGCAAAUACUCUUCAGAUCCUAUGUAGUCAGUGAAACAAAAUGGAGAGCGUAUUCUGAUAGAGGGAUGUCGACGGUGAAUGUUCUGGUGGUUGUUGCCUGUUAAGUAAACUUUAGUGUGUAAGUUGAGUUUGUCAUUAAAAUCAUAAACCAGCUGCGGUAACAGACAAGCCUUUGGCUGGGGAGUUUUAAGCCUCGGUAACUGCUAUAAAACUAGCCAUCCAGUUAGGAUAGAAUGUGUUUCUUUCUGGUUAAAAAAAGGAAAAACCAUCUAAGAAAAUAUAUAUGUAUGUAUGUGUGUAUACAGUGGAAUUCAAAGGACCAAAGCAAAAUUUGAACAGGAAUCUAUUAAUUUAGAAUUUUAUAAGAUAUUUAUUAAUAAAUGUUAUUUUUAAACAUUCCAUUUGAACAGUAUUCUGUAGGAUCUACUUGUUUUUAAAGUGUUAGUCCAUAAUAAACUACUAUAGUUAUGUGUAUUUUCAUUUUUCAGGGUUUCGAAUGGCUAUUCUCCAUCAUUUGGUGGAAAUGUUUGCUUAGAUCUCUGUGCAUAGACAUUUCAAGGAUUUUUAUUGCUCUGUGAGUUAUUUUUUAAUCAACAUUCUGAACAGUUUUUUUUUUAAACAUUUAUUUCUGUGUGUUCAUUUUUAAAGUAAGCUCUUUCAUUUAGGAAGCAGAGUUCAGCUAAAGGGAAUCAGUAACUCUAACUGGAACAGCUUUCUUGUAGAAGUGUAAAAACAGCUUCAUCUCUGCCUCUCUCCACCCCACCCCAAUUUCCUAGAAAGCCUUGCACUAUUCAGCUCCCUUAGUGCUUUUUGUCCCUUCCUGAACAAUAUGCAGUAGCUUUAAGCCAUUCAAGCUCCAUUAUGCAGUAUAUCUGAGAAGGGAAAGGAAACAACCCAUUUAAAUUUGAAUAAAACCGUGCCUAUGCGAACAGUAGCAAUUUAGAAUCUCUUUUCUGCUUUUGAAAUAAUUUAUAUUUAAAAAUUGCACUUUAGCUUUUUGAUCCCUUUGUAUUUCUCUUAUUCUCUUUCUAACCUCUUCUCUGUCCUCAAACUUGCCUUUGCUCUCCUUUACGAUACCCACCACCCCUCCUCCAAGGCUCUGAGCGGCACCAUUUAAAAUACUUUACAGAUAUUUGCACCAGGUACAUUUAUGUGCGUCCAUUGGUAGCACAGCUGAGACCUCUGUCUCACAUCAGCCUAGGUGAAGCCUACUACAAGAAUGCCAAGGAGAAGAGCCAGUACACUAUAUGGUUUAUACUCUUUAUCCCUUUAUUCAUAGCAUGUUUUUUAAAAAUGUUAUAUUAUGCAACAGAUGUGAGGCAGCAGCUAAGCUAUACUUAAGAAUUUUCUCUCACCUUCCAAACCAAAGUGUCCUGAAUAAGCCAGGAGACUUAUUCUUUUGUGCACCCUGGUGCACAUCUGACUGUUGUCCUAGCCAUAGACUCUCUGAGGCCACUGAAAGAACAGUGGCCCUAUCGAUUUCAUUCCUAGGUCUCAAAAAUACAAUGUUGCCUUGUAACAUAAUUAGGGACAGCACCUCUAUUUCACAAUUAUAAUCUAAGGUAGGAUAAGACGACACAGCAGCAAUAAACUUACAAGUAAAAUUCAAUACCAAAACAAACACAAAGAAAUUUAAAAAACAAAAAACCUAGCUCAUCAUGUUGUGAAAAUGAAAAAGUGUAUGUCCAUUCAAAAUAUUUUACUAUUUCUUGUGGAGUUUUUCAGUGAUGUAAUGCUUGUAGCCAAAUUGCUUAAAGAGUGUUUAUAUAUUUUUUUCCUUAUAAAUUGUCUAUUUUUUAAAAAAACUAUUUAACCACAGCUGAAGUGGGGGGUAAGGCCAAAUUGCCAACACUUGUUAAAAGAUUAAUACUCUUAAGUGGCACUCUGAUACCUUUCCAACUUGUCAUCAGAAAGGAAUCAAUAAUUACCAACUGUUGUAUUUAGACCAACUUACAAUAUCUAGCUCAUUAGAAGCCAGGAUCUAGAAAGCUCCUUCUAAGCCAUUUAAGAUAUUCUUACAUUGAGCUUCAUAUUAUAGGACUUUAUAGGAUUGGAUUUUUUACAAUAGAAUAAUUUAGCCUCAGGACUGAGAAUGUGGAAGCUGAAUAAAUUAGCUUUAAAUACAUCAUUAAAAUCUUAUGCACAAUAAGCUCAUUAGAUUCUAGUUUUCUCCUUUAGAAUACCAAUGCCACAGACACUACAGGAGAUAAUGAAAGGUAUCAGUUGUGUUGAGUGGAGAGAGUUUAAGAGAAAGGACCCUUCCCAACCAGCAGCCAGUAGAAAAUACAACCUACUCACCUUUUUCCCUUCUAAGUUCUGCUAAAUCACAUCUGCCUCAUAGAGAAAGGAAUGUUGCCUUUGAGAACUGUCUUGGAGAACAGAUAAGCUUGAAAUGUUCUCUCUAGAGAGGACAAAGGGUUUGGGAUCCUCUGAAAAGGCCCAGAAAAAUAGCUCAGUUCAAACACAAUGUUCUAGGACAAUUGGAAUAUAAAUAUUGUCCAAAAAUAUAAAAGAAAAAAGUUUAGCACUGUGUAAAGUAAGUGUUAACUGAGGAAGUCCCAAAAAGGUGCUGUCACUUUAAGUUCUGGACUUGGGGUUCUUUGUAUUUGUAAACAGCAAAGCAUUUGUGUUUGUUUGUCUAUUUGUAAAGCAACCACCUUCCUUACUGGAAGGAGAAAAAAAAGGGGUACAUACAUGUAAAUACUUGCUGCAGCAUUUAAUAUGUUUAAUUUUGUGUUAAGCUUUUUGUUGCAUCGUGAACACAUUUAUUGUUACCAAUGGACAAUGAGUUCAUUAAGACUGUUCAACUAGGUCAGAUUUUUACAUCUCUUUCUAGCAAGAAGAGACAAGAUUUUGUGCAUUUGUACAAAUGUUAAUAUCACUGCAAUUCCAAUAUAAUAAAGCACUCAAAUGCAAAUAA